CUCCAAGAGACAGUAACGUUUGAUACGACACAGUGUUCCUGCAUUAUGGAUGUUCUUAUGAUGCUAGGGGACGAUUCACAUCUAAUGGCCGAGCCUUCUGUCCAGAUCUUCGAGCAGCCGAAGCAGAGGGGAAUGCGCUUCAGGUACAAGUGUGAGGGUCGCUCAGCGGGAAGCAUCCCCGGAGAGAAGAGCUCUGACAACAACAGGACCUACCCCAGUCUGCAGAUCCUGAAUUACUGCGGUAAAGGGAAAGUACGCGUUUACUUGGUAACGAAGAACGAGCCGUACCGACCGCAUCCACACGACCUGGUGGGCAAGGACUGCAAAGAAGGGUUCUACGAGGCCGAGUUUGGUCCAGACCGCAAAGUGAUCGCCUUCCAGAAUCUGGGUAUCCAGUGUGUGAGAAGGAGGGAAGUGAAAGAUGCGAUCGUACAGAGGAUGACCAGAGGGAUCAACCCCUUCACUGUGCCACGAGAGCAGCUGCUGCAGACGGAAGAGUACGACUUGAACGUGGUCCGCCUGUGUAUCCAGGUUUCCCUACAGGACGAGAGCGGCCAAUACACCCGGCAGCUCAAUCCCAUCGUCACAAACCCCAUCUACGACAACAGGGCCCCAAACACUGCAGAGCUGAGGAUCUGUCGGGUAAACAGGAACAGUGGCAGUGUCAAGGGAGGGGAUGAGAUCUUCUUACUCUGUGACAAAGUACAGAAAGAUGACAUUGAGGUGCGAUUCUUCUGCUCCGAAGGCUGGGAGGCCAAAGGCUCCUUCUCCCAGGCAGAUGUUCAUCGCCAAGUCGCCAUCGUCUUCAAGACUCCACCCUACUAUAACCCCUCCAUAUCAGAGUCGGUCACCGUGCAGAUGCAGUUGCGCCGACCUUCCGAUCAGGAAGUCAGUGAAGCAAUGGAUUUCAGAUAUCUGCCUGACGACAAAGAUCCUUACGGCUACAAUGAGAAAAAGCGCAAAAUAGAGCACUUGAUGAGGAUCUCAGGAUUAUCCGGUGGUCCUUUCACUGGUUUGACAAUGAACAGGCCAAAGGCAGUGCCAACAAGUACUUUGAGCCACAUGCGGAAAGACCCCAACAACAUGUACCCGAGGCAACAGCCCACACCUCCGAUGCAGCAACAAGCGCCUGUAUUCAACCGGGCCUACCAACACGGUGCUCAGAAUGUAAUGAUGAAUCCUCAAGCUCCUAAUGUGCCUGUCAGCCAUUUAUGGGCAAAUCCCAACCCAGCACUCUCAAUGGAUACGGUCACCAUAAACCAGUCAGGUGCCAUGUGCAAUCUGCCACGUCCUAAUAUCAAUAGGCAACAGCAGCAGAACCGUGGAUCUGGUUACCCCCAGAGAGUGGCUCCUAGCCUCCCUCAGCUCUCUGUCAGGGACUUGCAGUGUUUGGAAACAGUUCCCCAGGCCCCUGUAUUGAGUCAGUUAGAUUCGCAGUCGCUCUACAACCUGCAGCAGCAAAGGGAAGAGCAUGUUUCUGAUACUCAAGCCCAGAACAAUCUAGGCAACCAGAACCAGGGUCUCCAAACUGCGUGGCCCAAUUUCAUUAACCUUAAUCCAAUCCAGAGCACCUUUAGCGGUGCAGUACCCGGAGGUGGAGGGGGGUCACAGGGGCUGGCCACUUUCCCCUUCGUAGGGGGAAUGGAAGGGGAAGAGUUUCUGAAGGGCUUUGUAGGAGGAAGAUCUCACACUGGCUUCCAGCUGAAGCAGGAGCCACAGAUCACAGUGGCACAAGAGACCCAUGCUUCUCUGAUGCAUUCCCCAAGCGAAAGCCAAGAAAAUACUUACACCAACUUGCUUCCUCGUAUGAGCAAUGGCAUCGACAUGGAUCCAUUGAGGCAAGGCGAUGGUGGCAACAUUCAUCCUCUUAAAAAUCAGCAAAAUCCAUACUCAAGCAACAGCAUGGCCUCAGAAGGCCACUUCCCAACUCUGGAUGACUGGUUAAAACAAUCCCGGCAAGCUGACUAAAAGGAGUGACAUUUAUUUGAUAAUAAUAUAUAAACAAAAAAAGCAGUUCCAGCAGUGCAUUGGUCUUGUUUAGUCUUGCGAAGCCAGACAAUUUGCUUCACCUAUUCGGGCCAAUUAGGGCUCAGUGCUUGGGAUGUUACAUCAGUGGGCACAAGAGAGAAAUUAUUGGAGGCCGUUUGGAAUCUCUAACCAGGCAAAAGCAUUGUCUAUGCGGUAAACUUAAUUAGGAAAAUGUUCCAUUAAAAGAAAUGGUAAAGAUACCACCCAGAAUGUUUCGUACCUACAUCUUAACCGCCAGCAGUGCCGCUUGUCAGAUGCCCCUUUUCCACCAAACCAGUUCCAGGGCCGGUUCCGGGCUAGAGCCUGAUUUAGCUCUGGGUCUUCCUGUUUCCACCUAAGCACCGAAAACCGGUUGUUUUAUUAUAGCAGCUAUCGGAGUGAAUCAAUACAUGGGCUACACAGGUUGCCAUGUCCGACUAUCACAAGAAG